GGGUGGUCCAGGGUGGAGAUGUACAGCUGGGUGUCAUCAGCGUACUGGUGGUUCUUCAUGCAUAACCAAGUUAUAACCAGUAGCCAACAUGGGUUGAUCAAAAACAGAUCGUGCCAAACAAACUUUAUUUCAUUCUUUGACAAAGUGGCUAAAUUAGUGAACCAGAGAAAUGCUAUAGACAUAGUAUACUUAGAUUUCAGUAAAGCAUUUGAUAAAGUAGAUCACAACCUACUUCUUGCCAACCUAGAAAAAUGUGGCAUAGGCAACAACACCACAAAGUGAGUUUCUAACUGCUUGACAAAUCAUACUCAACGUGUAAUCCUCAAUGGAGCUAUCCCCACAUGGAGGGAAGUAAGCAGGCCUACGAAGCAGGAAAAGGAGGGAACCCCUUCCAAAAACCUUUGCCAAGGAAACUGCAAAGCCAGGCAUCAAGACUGACCCAAAGGCAUCAAAUACGAAGCUAAGAAGCGUCACGUUUCACUUUUUCACUUGGCUCAGUUGCAAAGGUCGGCUGCUAGGAGUCGAAAACAUCUCCCAAAAGCCUUGGUGGAGAUUGGACAGGCGUGUUUUUCCACCUCCCGCCGCUAGAUGGCGGUCAGGCAACGUCUGUGCCUAGAAAGCCAUCAAUACAGUGGUGCCAUCAGCGAUUGCGCUUAAAAAAGGAGUUUUAAACCAUUGAGUACUGCAUUGCUAGAUAGGAUGGGAAGAGAGGAGAAGCGCAGAGCAACUUCCUCUUCCGGAUGACUGAUGGGAGGAAGUUGGUGUGUGCAGAGCGGCUCUUGUGCUCUUCCCAGGGUCGAAGCAGCAGCUGGCAGACAAAGAGGAUGGCAAUAAGAGCACUCUGGACAACUGAGGAUAACAAGCAACAUUGAAUAGCAAAGCAAAUCAGUCCAGAAAUCACAGUAUUUUCCAUUUCCUUCUCAAAGCCUACAAUUCUUCACCUUCCUCAGCAAGUGAUAGAGAAAUGAGAGAAAAUCAAGAUUUCUAGCUGGGAAAAGUAGAGUGUGAAAUUCAAGCAUAGGUUACAUGAAAAGUCAAGAGAGAUUAUUGUUCCGUUGAGCAAAAGAGGGAAAUAUCGGGAAGUUACUGGGGAGGAAAAGGUCAAUUGGAAAGCCACGUAGAGCAGACAGUGUUGCAGGCCUCACUCUGGGAGCAAGAAAACGGCUUGAAUCAAAGGACUGCUAAACAAAGAAUCAUUCAUAUUUUGGACCUCCUCGGGAAUAUUAGUUGUGGAAAAGCCCCAUAGAUGUGCCUUUUGUGGGAAAGAUACGACUUGCAAAUAACAGCUAAUUAUGCCUGAGAGGAUCCAGACUGGAGAAAAGCCAUAUAAUACUCUAAAUGUGGCAAAACCACUGAUCAGAACACCUCCAUUGUGGUUCUUGGAAGGACCCACACAGGAGAGAAGCUCUACAAGUGCUCCCAGUGCAGUAAAUGCUUAAGCAAGCAUGGCAAUGUGGACUCACACCAAGGAGAAACCGUUUCAAUGUCCUGAUUGUGAGAAAUGUUUCAAUAGAAAUUCCAACCUCAUUAGACACCAGAGGACUCACACAGGAGAGAAACCCUUGGAAUGUCCUGACUGUGGUAAAAGUUUCUCUCAGAAUUCCCAGCUCAUGGCACACCAGAGAACUCACACAGGUGAGAAACCCUUUGAAUGUCCUGAUUGUGAGAAAAGUUUCUCCCACAAUUCCAAGCUCAUAAGACACCAGAGAACUCACACAGGUGAGAAACCCUUUGAAUGUCCUGACUGUGGUAAAAGUUUCAGUCAGAAUUCCAGCCUGAUUCAACACCAGAUGAUUCACACAGGCGAGAAACUCUAUAAAUGUCUUGAAUGUGGGAAUAGUUUCAGUCGGAAUUCUGAUCUCGUUACACACCAGAGGACUCACACAGGAGAGAAACCAUUUGAAUGUCCUGAUUGUGGGAAAAGUUUCAGUCGUAAUUCCAGCCUGAUAAUACACCAGAGGACUCACACUGGUGAGAAACCCUUUGAGUGUCCUGAUUGUGAGAAAAGUUUCAGUACCAAUUCCAGCUUGGUGAAACACAAGAGGACUCACACAGGAGAGAAACCGUUUCAAUGUCCUGUUUGUGGGAAAAGUUUCAGUGAGAAUUCCAGCCUGGUGAUACACCAGAGAACUCACACAGGUGAGACACCAUUUGAAUGUCCUGAUUGUGAGAAAAGUUUCAAUAACAAUUCCAGCCUGCUGAAACACCAGACGACUCACACAGGAGAGAAACCCUUUGAAUGUCUUCACUGUGGGAAAAGUUUCAGUCGUAAUUCCACCCUUGUUCAACACCAGAGGACUCACACAGCAGAGAAACCCUUUGAAUGUCUUGAUUGUGGGAAAAGUUUUACUCAAAAUUACUACCUGGUAAUACACCAGAGGAUUCAUACAGGAGAGAAACCCUUUCAAUGUCCUAAUUGUGGGAAAAGUUUCAGUAAGAGUUCGCACCUCAUUAGCCACAAGAGGAUUCACACAGGAGAGAAACCCUUUAAAUGUUCUGACUGUGGGAAAUGUUUCAGUCAAAAUUCCAACCUUAUAAGCCACCAGAGGAUUAACAAAGCAGGGGAACCCUUUAAAUGUCCUGAUUGUGGUAAAAGUUUCAGUCACAAUUCUAGCCUGGUGAACCACCAGAGGACUCACACAGGAGAGAAACCCUUUGAAUGUCCUGAUUGUGGGAGAAGUUUCAGUCAGAAUUCCAGCCUGGUGACACACCAGAGGAUUCACACAGGAGAGAAACCCUUUGCGUGUCCUGAUUGUGGGAAAAGUUUCAGUCAGAUUUCCAGUCUGGUUAAACACCAGAGGACUCACACAGGAGAGAAACUGUAUGAGUGUCCAGAUUGUGGGAAAGAUCUCAGUACUAGGUUUAACCUUCUAAAUCAUAUGCUUAUACACAUAGGGGAGAAACCAUUUAAGUGUCCCAAGUGUGGACGGUCCUUCAGGCAACAUUCCAGCCUUAUUGCACACAAGAAAAUUCACCUGAAGCCUCAAGUGAUGAGUGUAGAGAAGGCUUGAAUUUCAUUUCUAACGGCCCAUUGUAAGUCCAGCUGAGAAACUGACUAUUUAAUUUUACUACAAAUUCUUUUUGUAAUGGUAUUUGCCUGAUUUUUUUGUAGGCAUAUAUGUAAUGAUAUUAGGUGGGAAGGAGAAAGGAAGAAAUUGCAACCUAUUAGUUUGAUAAUGGCUAUCUGGCCAUCAGCAGAAGAAGUUGCUGGAUAUUUAUUUUUUACAGAAAUUGUGCAAUUAUGUAAAAAUAUUUUGGGAGUGUUCUUUGCAUUUUUACCAUGGUAGAUGAUAUAAAUGCCACAUACAGAAUCCCAGCCUUUUUCUUCCUUGCUUGACCCGAGAUUUUUACCUCAGAAUUUUCCAGCCAGCAUCUGUUGGGGAUAAGAGCACUCAGACUAUAGUUAGAGAUUGUGGCUCCACAUAUAAGGAGAAAGCGAGAGGAGAACAGAAGUAAAGGAGUUUAAAAGUUCAUUUUUUCCUAAGAGCUCCUGGAAUUCAGUGCGCCAAGCAUGUCUCUUCAGAUUGUGUCAAGAAUGAGGCACGCAAGUGGAAGAUACCAUAUGAAUAGCAAAUAUAUCGGGGGAGUUUGGGGCAGUGACAAAAGCAGUGUAAAAUUUCAGAUGUAAAGUCUGUUGUGCCUUGCAAAGUGACCUUCAUUGAGAAAAGCUGUAGGAAUAUUGAAUUGAGAAAAGGGAUUGUGGUUUUGAGAACAGGAUCUCCAGGUUCAUUAACAACUCCUGCUGUGAACUACUUCACUUGCAGGUGCCUCCUUGUUAGCCUUUGACGGCUUAGGUGUGAGCAGCACCAAGGAACUGAUACGUUUGUGGUCUCCGCCGCUGCUUGGGGAGAUAUGAGGAAAAAAUUGUACAGUAGAUAAUUUCUAAAAUAGCAUUGCAUAAGAAUCAUGAAUAGCUUUUGAGAAAGAAAAAUAAAGGAAAGUCUCAGCAUUUCUGUAAACAUUGGAAGAAUGUAAUGCAAAACCUUCUUCCCAACACAUGGAAGAUGUUUCCUGUGCUUUCACUUCUCUUCCAGGGAUCUUUAAUUUUUUUCAAACUGAAUCCUUCAAAUAUGUAGAUGGAUUAUCCUGAUUUUACUGGGAUUGGAAGACACCAAAAAUUCCAAGAUUGUUUGUUUCACCAACACAAUUCAAACACAAUUCAUUUCAUGUGAUACCUUUGCAGGACACCCAACAACCAGGCCAAGUGUGUGGAGAAACCAAGAGGCUCUUGGCCUGAGUUUUAAGUCCAAGUGAUUUAGAAUUUAAACAUGUGCAAAGUUUCUAAAAUUUAAAAUAGUAAAAAUAUAUUUAAUCAAUUUU